AAUGUAUAUGUAAUGUAAAUAUUUUGCUGUAGGUGGGUAUUUAGGUAUUUAGGGUAUUUAGGUAUAAGUCUAAUAGGGUCAGUGUGAGGACAUGUGGGAGAUUCUGCACUGAGUUAAUCUAACUGAAAGUUCAAGAUUUUAAGUGUUAUGACACAACUUCCUGUAAAAGUUAUAGCCACAUCCUUCUGACAUUACACAGAUCAGAAUGUUUGACUAAAACCAGAUUGCUUGACAAGCAGCCUGUGAUUAGGCAUUUAAAAUAUUUCGUGCACAGUACAAUUAUAUAGUAAUUGGGAACAGUAACUUAGUCUUGCAAUUUGGACAACAAGAUGUUCACACCACAAGUCGGAGUGUUUUGGAUUAUUCUGUUGUGUUUCUGUUAUAAGAGUGAAGCCGAAUUUUCUCUCGAGAACCGAACCUGUGUGGCGCUGGCAGGACGAUCAGUCAUCCACCAGCUUAAAGUCACCAUCCCAGCUAACAGCACCAGGAGCACAAUUAGGUGUUACCAAAACAGACAUAAAGUAUGGGAACAAUCCAUUCCAUCUUCUUCUACUCCAAAAACAAUGCCCUUGACAGCAAAUAUCACCAUGCAUAACAGUUCAUCCUCCGGAGAAUACUACUUCCAGUACAUGGAUAAGAAGCUGUAUUGGGUUGUCCUUGUACGAGAGGAAGGUUAUCUGCCAGAUAUGGAGACUUCUGUCAUCCCUUUGCUGGUUGUCCUCAUUGUUCUGCUGCUUUUCAGUGUCGCUGGAUCAGUUUGUAUCUUCAAGUUGUACAAGAAUCAUUCACAGUCUGAAGGAGAGGGAGAUAAAGGGAAAGCCAAAAAAAGAAAGAGGAAUACAGUUGCGACAGAAGGAGCCACGUCUGAUUCAGUGUACAUGGAUCUUGAACACAAGGUUGUCUCCGUUUAUGAUGUGCUGAAUGUUGAAGAGGAGAGGAGAGAAAUCAUAGAGAGCCAAACCUCAGUGAAAAAGGCCAAGCCUUCACCAGUAGAGGAGGGGAUAUUUGAAUCAGUUUAUGAAAACCUGUGAUUGAAUAUUAUUUGUAUAUACAGAAGAUAUCUUUAAAAGAUGUAUAAGCUUGAUAAACUUUCAGCUGAUGUGUAUAAUUCUCUGCUGUUUUUUGCCGUUUAUAUAUAAAAGGUGUGAAUAAAAAAUGUGUAAACUCUAUAAACACCAUAAACAUUUUGCUGAAGUGUACAAUUGUUUGCCACCAUUUUGAAUGAAUGAAUGAAAAGUAUAUCUUUAGGUAAUUUUGGGAUGGAUGAUACACCGAUCAGCCAUAACAUCAGACUUGGAGAAUUGACUGUUCACUUGCUGCCUAAUAUAUCCCACCCCUUGACACGUGCCAUUGUAGCGAGAUAAUCAAAGUUAUUCACUUCACCUGUCAGUGGUUUUAAUGUUAUGGCUGAUGGGUGUGUAUUUUUUGAAAGAGUUCAACCAAACAUGAUAUUUACACAAUUUUACCAAUGAGUGAGCCAAGACUAGUUUGUGUCCUGCAGUUUUUUUCAUUAGAUUUGUACUGCAACUACAAAGCCAGUGUUGCUAGCAAGAAAGGGAAGCUCAUACGGUUGCAAUCAAAAUUAUUCAACCAUCACUGCAACUCAGGUUUAUUGUCAAA